CUGGUGUGGGUAGAUAUGCAACUGGGGAAGCAAGAUAAGGAAAACCUCUAUUGCUUUCCUUAGCAUUUGACUAAUGUUCCUCUUUAUUAUUGUCAUGACUGUUUAAUUACUGUAUACAUUACUGCGAUUAUUAAACUUAAAAAAAGUUAAUAAUAAAAUUAACCACCCACAGAUAGAGACAGCAUAACGAUCAUAGGAAGACAACCGAAGGGCCCCCUGGAUACCUUACAUUGUUGCUAGUUUUAAUUCACACUCUCUCUAUUGAUUUAAUAUUCCAAAGAAUCGUUUCUUACAUUAGGGAAACUUAAAAAGGUCAGUUUUACUGUGCCACAGUAUCUAGAGAAGAUCAUAUUUGCUAUAUCUGAACUGUAUUGUGAACAUUCUUCAUACAAUACCAAGAAGGUCUUAAUAACACUCUUCAAUGAGCAGGUGUUCUAGUUCAGACAUGAAAAUGUCUGUCAAAAAACUCCACCUGCCUUCAAAAAGAACCAAUUCUAGCUCUAAUGAUUAUCAUGCAUUACACAACACAAAGACGACCAAGAAAACUUGCCCGGGUUCAAAGAACAAAAGACAUAGCUCAGAAUAUUACCAUAUAUUUCACCGCCCAAAGAAGAUCAUCAAGAGAGUCGGCUUGCCUUCAAAGAGAACACACUCUAUAUCUGAUCAAUAUGAUUCAUUAAACAACUCAAAGAAUAUACAAAAAAUUGCAAAUGAUCUGUUGUGUGCACUACAAAAUAAUAUUAAGGCCAGGUGUUCAAGGAAAAGGAAGCAUUCAGUACCUCAUUAUCAUAGUGUGCAAAGUGCUGAAACUUGCAACAUAACUGACAAGUGUUCCCAGUACAGCUGCAAAAUACCAAGGCAUCACGAACAGGGAAGUCCUGGUACACAGAACGUCGACAUCGAUGAGGAUUAUUUCAUUAAAUGGACCAAGCUUUUAUAUGAAAUGAUUAUCAGUGAGGAUGAUUCUUCUGUACAGGAUGAGUCCACAAAGUGCUCCCAGGGCACAUCAGAUAGAGCAGCCAAGGAUAAGAGUAAUACUUCACACAGUACUACUGCUAUUUCUAAGAGCCACCUCUCUAAGGACACCAAGGACACCACCAUGAUCACUAACUCUUACACUACAGAUUCUUCACACAAUGCUAAAAAGACUAACAAGCCUACGAAGCAUCACACUCGUACUAAAGAUGAUAAGGCUGAGGUUCAUCCAUCAGAGAGUCAUCCAUCAUGGAGCACCAGGAUGAUUAACCAAGUAUAUUCCUCAACAGAGAGUACCUGUACGAGUUCUAGUUCCUCAAACAGUUCCUCGGAUUGCAAUGUUAAGCAUCGUCAGCAUUCCAUUUGCAAUUGCAUGUUGCCUAAUGUAGUUUACCUUCCUGUAAACAAAGAUAGUUCUAGUUCUACAGAAGAAAUUAUAGAGCAUCGCUAUGACAACUUUGUCCCUACCAAGAUAGUUGAUGCCAUUUCAGGAAAACAAUUAGAUUAUUGUGUCUGCAACUUAAAGAAUCCUAAAGCUCCCAGAAGGUACCACGAGCAUGGCCCCCAAUUACAAGGUCCUCGUAAACCUGGAGUUGCUGUGAAGAAAAGUCACUUCUCUGGUGUUUAUAAGAGGAAGAAGGUUAACAGCAUUGUGCUAAAUAAUUCCACGAUGACUGGAUUAGCUGUACCAAAGAAUGUCAAGAAGGCCCACUUAACUACAUAUAAGAAUGUCAAUGGUGCCCAUCCUGCUUCAUCAAAAUUUGCCAGUAGAGACCACCUCACAACAAAAAAGAUUUUCAAUAAGACAGUCAACAAGACCCUCAUUUACAAAUCAAAGAAUGCCAAUAAAGGCCGUCAUACCAUGUCAAAGAAAGUAAAUAAAAUCCACCUUGUCAAAGAGAGUCAAAUAAAUUUAUCAAAUAUUGUCAGCAUUGUUGACCUUACUUCAUCAAAUAAUGCCAAUAAAGCCCCCAUAGAUAAAUUUGUUGUCAGUAAGACCAUCAGUGAUAAGUCAAAAAUGUUUGAUAAUGCUCAAACUACAUCAGUGAAUACCAAUAACAUUAAGUUGGUUAGUAAUGCCAAAAUCGAUAAUUCAAAGAUUACCAAGAAAACCUACCAUUCCACACCAAGGCAUGCCAAUAAGGCCCACCACACCACACCAAGGCAUGCCAAUAAGGCCCACCACACCACACCAAGGCAUGCCAAUAAGGCCCACCACACCACACCAAGGCAUGCCAAUAAGGCCCACCACACCACACCAAGGCAUGCCAAUAAGGCCCACCACACCACACCAAGGCAUGCCAAUAAGGCCCACCACACCACACCAAGGCAUGCCAAUAAGGCCCACCACACCACACCAAGGCAUGCCAAUAAGGCCCACCACACCACAUCAGAGAAUGCCAAUGAGGCCCAUUAUACUACAAAGAAUGCCAAUGAUGCCCAUUAUGCCACAUCAAGGAAUGCCAAUGAGCCCCAUUAUACCACAUCAAGGAAUACCAAAAAAUCCCACCACACCAUAUCAAAGAAUACCAAUAAAGCCCACCGUACCACAUCAAGGAAUGCCAAUAAGGCCCACCAUACCACAUCAAAGAACACUAAUAAGGCCCACCAUACCACAUCAAGGAAUGCCAAUGAGACCCACCAUACCACAUCAAGGAAUGCCAAUGAGGCCCACCAUACCGCAUCAAAGAAUACCAAUGAGGCCCACCAUACCGCAUCAAAGAAUACCAAUAAGGCCCACCAUACCGCAUCAAAGAAUACCAAUCAGGCCCACCAUACCGCAUCAAAGAAUACCAAUCAGGCCCACCAUACCGCAUCAAAGAAUACCAAUAAGGCCCAACAUACCGCAUCAAAGAAUACCAAUGAGGCCCACCAUACCGCAUCAAAGAAUACCAAUAAGGCCCAACAUACCGCAUCAAAGAAUACCAAUGAGGCCCACCAUACCGCAUCAAAGAAUACCAAUAAAGCCCAUCAUACCACAUCAAAGAAUGCCAAUAAGAUAUACUUUACCAAAAAGGUUCGCUUUGCCUAUAAAGCCCAUAUAGAAAGUUCUGAUAUUGUCAGUAAAGCACACAUUGAUAAAUUACCAAUUGGCAAUAAGGCCUGCCAUACAACAUCCAACAAUGCCAGUAGGGCUCAAGUUGUCAAUAAUUCCCACAAAACUAAACCGAAGCUUACGAAGUCAAGCUCUGCCUCAACAACUAAAUUUCAAAGGGCGAUCUCUAUUAGACAAAGGAAUUCAGAUAAGGACAAUUUUAUUGGGAAAUAUGUAAAGUACACCCACAGACGUCAACUAAAUAACCUGAAGAUGUUCCUCUCUUCAACACCAGAAGAUUUUGAAAACGUUAUCUUUGUUAAAGAAAGGAAUUCAAAGAUAUUCCGCUUUGUUGGACCACAAUAUGUCAAAAAGUGUGUCAGGGAGGCCCACCCUUCUGCACUAGAUGCCAUCAAGUCUAACAAAAGUGCCAAAUCUAGUGUGCCAAAGCAGCUCAAGUUUGAUGACCACCACCAUUUCGAGGUCCCUGAAGCACUCGACACCUGCAAGUUGCCAGAACCAAGAGAUGCCGAUAAAAAGCAUGUCUACUCUCAGGAGACGGAAGUUCUGACACAAACAGAAGAAGAGCAAGAAUCCUUGUACAACUUCUACCAAAAUGAACUUUUAGAGUGCCUUAUCAGGGAAGAGGUUACGUUGCCGGAUGCCUUCACGGUAGACCAGCACCUGUGUGCCAUCAAUGGAACUGCUAACAGUGAAGUUCUUCAAAGACAGGCAAUUGAUGAUGCUCAAUAUGACCUUCAUAUGUAUUUGCAAACACACCUGAAAGAGAUAGAAAAAACAUUUAAUGACAUGAUUUUCCUUGCAGCUGAUUUAGUAAAACAUUCUGACUGGGAAACUGAUGAGGUGAAAACCUUAUUGAAGCUUAAGUCUAUUUAUUUGUCCUUCAGGAAAUUUCUCGACUUGGAAGACAAAAUGAAAUUUAAUGAAAAAUAUCUCUAUAUAAAGACUAUUGCUUGCAAGCUGACCAUAUACCAAAACUUGUUAGUGCCUUGUAUAAGAAAAAGAACUGUUGGACACAGUGCAAAUAACUGGGAGGAAAUUCUGGAACUUGCUGAGGCUGUGAACACAUUCUGUAAUAAAGAAAGUGCACCAAGGAGAAUUGCUGACCUGGUUAACUUGAAGAAAAAAAAUGUUUGCUUCUACAUAUGUUUUAGAGAAGAUGGUAGAGGCUAUGGAGAGUGUGGAACCAUUAGCGAAUGAAUUGUACCACUACGACAGUUCUUGGGAAGCUUGCAAAACUCUUCCUCCUUCUCUGAUAUAUCUAAUAAUUAAAGCCUAUUGUCCACAUGAAAUUAAUUUACCAGAAGUUUCUCCGUAGGCACACUCGUCAGGUUCUUGCUGUGACAACUUUCCCACACUUUACUAAUCAAACACACUCAUCACUCUUGUUAUAAAAACUUUCUUACAUCUUGCUCAUCAAACACAGGUUCUGUGGUCUUCGAAAAGUUGGCACAUUUUUUCUUAUA